GCUAGGCAGCUGUCAUUGUGCACUUUGGCCAUCACUUGUCAGUUGUGGGUGUUGAGUUGUCCACUCUACAAGAACAAAUUUGAAUGCAAGAUCAUGACUGAAGCGGCCUUUGAUGUGAUGGUGGUUGGCUCCUGUAUGACUGACUUGGUGAGCCAGGCACCGAGGCUACCCAAAGCCGGGGAAACCAUCCAUGGUCACAAGUUCUUCAUCGGCUUCGGAGGUAAAGGGGCCAAUCAGUGCAUACAGGCUGCAAGACUGGGGGCCAAAACCGCUAUGGUCUGUAAGGUUGGUAAAGACUUCUUUGGAGACAAUUACAUUCAGAAUUUCAAGAACAAUGGUGUACACACAGAUUUUGCAGGGCAGACCUCUGACGCAGCCACAGGAGCUGCCUCCAUCAUUGUCAACAAUGCAGGUGAGAAUGCCAUUGUGAUCGUAGCCGGUGCCAACAUGCUGCUGGGCAGCGAGGAGCUGCAGAAAGCGCUUCCAGCCAUCAGUCAUACAAAAGUGCUGGUGUGCCAGCUGGAGAUCAGCCCACAGACAUCCCUGCAGGCACUACGCAUGGCUCAGGAGAACAAAGUAAAGACAAUAUUCAACCCAGCGCCGGCCAUUCCUGACUUGGAUGCAGAUUUCUACAGAGCCUCUGAUGUGUUUUGCUGUAAUGAGUCUGAGGCUGAGCUGCUGACUGGUUUCUCAGUGGCCAAUGUGGAGGAAGCACAUCGGGCUGGUCAGGAGCUGCUGAAGCGAGGCUGUGGGUCAGUCAUCAUCACUUUGGGAGCUCAAGGCUGUGUGGUGGUCAAGGCACAGGAGUCUGCCUCAAAGCAUGUGCAAAGUACCCCAGUGAAAACAGUGGACACCACGGGCGCUGGAGACAGCUUUAUUGGAGCACUGGCGUUUUACAUGGCUCAUUAUCCUACAAUGCCUCUGGAGGAGAUGGCCCGCAGAGCCAAUCAGGUGGCGGGAGUGAGCGUGCAGGCUGUUGGCACGCAGACGUCUUACCCAUUCAAAAAGGACCUGCCAGCUGAACUGUUCUGAGAGCAGCAACUCGGUUCGGGGAUACUACUGUGUGUGGACCACAGCUGGAAUGGGUCCCGCAAACACAACUCUGAUAUGACAUGAGCUGCUUUAAUGAAAGAAUGAACAAUGCAAUGAAACGACUGAGGACUGUUAAUGAUGUAACUGAUGUCAAAUAAGGCUGACCGUGAUUUCAAUUUGACUGUCAAUAUAACAGUUUUAUGUGAUAACAAGCCAACUUACAACAAUAUCAGUCAUUUUAAAUUGUUUAAUAAUUAACAAACAUCCUAACAUGUAUCUUGUACUGCACAUAAUUUACUUAAUUUAUGUAAUUAGCCCAAAUAUAUCAUGUUUCACAAAUAUUUUUUUUUACAGGUAAUCAAUGGUGACAUACAACCCCAACGAAUAACAUCACUUUGACAUGAGUAGUAGAUUAAAAUGAUGGAAGUCGAGACUCUCUUGAAGCUCUGCCGGGGUUUGCAUCAUGCUCAACUGGCGCAGUGGGGAGAGAAGAAGCUUUCUGACAGAUCCCCGAAGAAAUCCUCUGACAAAAUUUCAGCCAGCCAAACAGAGAUGUUGACUGAUGAAACACCUUGUAUAAUCCAUGACAAUAAAAAAUAGUCUGUUUAAACCUA